AUGACAGACUAUGUUUCAAGACACCCUGUUCAGCCAGCAACAGAUAACGCCAUUGGGUUUACUAGAAAUGGUGACUGGUACAAGAUGAAGAGCCUGAAACAGGACGAAGCAGAUCUCGAGGAACUGACAGCAAUCAGCUCAGUGCGAGACGAACUUACUGUUCACAGUGAUAACAUUCUGCGACGUGACACACGCAUUAUCUUACCAAAAGCCCUUCGUGACAGGGCUAGAGACAUUGCACAUGAGGGUCAUCAGGGGAUGGCAAGAACAAAAACUUUUCUUAGGUCAAAAGCAUGGUUUCCUGGCAUGGAUGGGAGAGUUGAAAACCGUGUCACAAACUGCUCAGCCUGUCAACUCCUUACUCCUGAACGUCAUACCAUGGAGCCGUUGAAAAUGUCGGAACUACCUGGUGGACCUUGGGAGAAUUUGAAUAUCGACUUCUGCGGACCAUUACCCAGUGGAUACUAUUUAUCUGUGAUAAUUGACGAGUAUUCACGUUACCCAGUAGUUGAGAUUGUAAAAUCCGUCUCUGCUAAGUCCGUCAUACCUGUAUUGGACAAAGUUAUCAGUGCAUAUGGGAUACCCAAGAUAAUAAAGAGUGACAAUGGAAGCCCAUUCCAAUCAUACGAAUUCAGAAGAUAUGCAGAACAUAUGGGGUUUAUCCAUCGGAGGAUAACGCCACGAUGGCCCAGAGCCAAUGCUCAAGCUGAAAGUUUUAAUAAGCCGUCGAUGAAAGCUGUGCGCUCCGCUCAUAUUGAGGGACUUAACUGGCGGCAAGAGUUGUAUCGCUUUCUCAGACAAUAUCGUGCCACGCCACACUCAUCUACUUGA